AUGAUCAAGUUCGUAGAUACACUAGAAGAAGCUAGAAAUGUGAUCGUUACUUUCAAGACAGGCCCACAAAGCACUAAAGCAUCAGCUAUGCGCUCACUGCUCGAUCUCAAGCAGACUAUACAGCAGUACUGGCACUUCCAUCCCCACAACAACACACGCAAGCCUUUCGAGCCUACCAACCCCGCCUUUCGAUCCUCUCACCACCUAGCGUUGACAUACCAUCUAGUGCACAUCUUCAUCGGCCGACCCUUCAUCUUCGAAGCAAAAGAAAGCACACAUCCCACGCCGCUAGGGAAAGGCCAGUUGGCUAUCUCAGACAUGCGCGAUACGCUUGUGCUUGAUUGUGUCCGAAGCUCUCUAGCAGUCAUCGAUAUAAUUCAGAUUCUGUGCGAUCGAAGCGGGCUAGCACGGGCGUCUUACACUGAAUCAUCCACCCUUUGUGCCGCUUUGAUGGUGCUCUUAGCGAAGCGCAUGGAUGGGCCGAACGAGGAGGUUGAAGAGGCUAUCGCAAAGGGGAAGGCGCUCCUGAAUAAGAUGUUGCUGGGCAUAUACUCGGGCAACCAGGAAAAGGCAGCAGUUGAGGCGCUCGAAGCAGCUGUUUCCAGAUUGAAUAGGAAUGCGCAGAAAGGACAGGGUGGUCGAAGUAAAACGAACUACGCAAACUUUCAGAAUUGGAUUGGUAACAAGGACUGCGGAGUGCAUGCUAUCAGUAGGGACACGGUUACAGCGGAUGGACGUUCCGAUGGCUCUCCGAAUGCGAAUCUCGAUCAUCCACCUCCAGUAGAUGUAUAUGGGAGACCGAGGUUCAGCCAGGCUGAGAUUGACGAGAUGCUGGUUUUGCCAGGCUUGGAGGAUUGGUUCAAUUUCUCGGUCGUGGAUUGA